AUGCUUUCACUUCACGAAGCAGACACCAACAAACUUAAAUCUAGUGUAUUACCUAAUAUCGAAGGUCAAGACGAGUUUACAGAAUUAUUAAAUAGAUUGGAAAAUUUUUCUAGCCCGAAAAUACACUAUCAUACAGAAUGUAGAGUCGACUUUAAUAAUAAAAUAUCUUUAUUAAAAAAACCAUUCAGUAAAAGUGAUUGGCAUUUUCAUCGAGAAUAUCACCAAUUGGCUUUUGAUGAAAUAAGUGUAAUCAUCGAGGAAGACAUAAUCAAGAAAGGGCGCUGUCAUUUAUUAAUCCAUUUACACGAACUGUACAUUGAUUCAUUGGAGAAAAUUUUUCAAGACAAUUCUGUUGAAAUGAACGUUACUUUCACAGCUCAACACCUAGAAGAAAAAAUUUUAAAACAAUUUUCUUAUGAUAUUAAAUCUUUCAUUGUUCAUAACAAAAAAAUAAUAGCACCGAAAUUUUUACACAUGAUAGACUAUACAAUGUUGGAAAAUUUACAAACCGAAAAUAUUUUACAAAAAGCGGCAUUGAUUUUAAGAGAAACAAUAUGGCAAAUAGAAAUGAAAAAGUUGCCGGCUAAAAAUAUUACAGCGCAGGAUUUAAUAUCAGGAGAAGCUUCGAUACCACAACAAUUACUCAACUUUUACUUUACUCUUCUUGGUGGAGCCAAUCAAAAACGAAAAAACAGCUUAAAAUGUAAUCGUCAAGUUCGUUCUUAUUGUCAAGAUGUGAUUUUUGGAGUCCAUAAUGGUCAAGUGAAGACGUCAAAGCAUAUCAUGUUAGGCAUGACUUUAAAGAGCUUGACAAGCAGUAGAAAAGUUAUUGAUAUCGUUAAUAGAUACGGGCACUGUAUAAGUUAUCAAGGAGUUGAGGAGUUCCUCUUUUUCUAG